GAACAAGACAAGACGCUCGGCAGCACACACAACACACGCAGCACACACAGCACCAAUGGCGGACGCAGACGCAGCACAGACAGCGUGUCGGCACGUGGAGGCUCUUGCGUGCGGCAGCAAGCUCUUGUUCGUCGUGGACCUCAGUAGCAGGGCCAGCCAGGCCUUUGUGGGUGACGCCUUCAGCUUUGAGAUGGCGCUCUCUUUGUUGCCUCUCGCGCAGCAGCUCUCGGUGAGGAACAAGAGGCUGUUCCGGGCCCAGACCAAUGCGUUGGCCAACCAGAUGCUCCGGCUCUUUGUGGUGCUCCUUCUCCUGCUCCAGCAGCACCGUCGGCCCAGCUUGUCCUCCCUCCUCGCAGGCUUUUCCUCCAACGCCCACGGCAAGCCCAUCUAUCCCUCCCUCCCCUAUUGCUUCAACCUCUCCAACUCCUGCAAUGCCUCCUCCAACCUCUGCUCCAUGGUCGUCGCCAACACUCCCGCCAACCAGAUUGGUGUCGACUUGGCCCACUCCCACGACAUAUCCUCCACCAACGACUUGCUUGCUGAGUUUGAGUCCAUUUUCCAUCCACACGAGUACUCACACAUUCAAAAAUACCUCGCCCAAACAGGCUCUGCUGCGAUAAACAACUCCGUUCUAUUGGCCCAGUUCUGGGCUCUCAAGGAAUCUCUCUCCAAACUAAUAGGCACCGGCUUGGUCAAUAUCGAUCUAUCCAGUUACCACUUCUCUUUUGACAUUGAUCAUUUCAAUCAAUUGGCUCCCAGCCAGCUAAACACAGAUCACUGGUUUACCGAAAUCACUCUUUUCGCUCAAGCAAAAAAACUAGACUACAGCAUCUACUUGAAACAAAUCCAAAAGGACCUCUACUGCUCGGUUAUUCACGAAAACAGUUCUUCGUCUGUUUCCGCCAACUCUUCUGACAACAUCAAAAUCAUCAAUGUUGGUCUUGAAGAAAUGUUUUCUGUCCUCAGUCACUACAAAUAAACAUCCGUGCGGUCCUCGUCUUCUAUAACAAUAAACAUUGCUUUGAGUGUUUACCCAUCCCUGUAGUGGCC